AUGAGAAUGCUCGCGUAUGGCAUCACAGCUGAUUUCUGCGAUGAUUACCUAGAUAUUGCGAAGAGCACUGCCAUUGAGAUUUUGGAGCACUUCAUAACAGCAAUCUGGAAUGUGUACCAUGAGACUUACCUCCGCCGACCAACACCAGCGGAUUUGCGACGGCUGCUGGAGAAAGCUGCAGAACGGGGAUUCCCGGGGAUGGUGGGUAGCCUUGAUUGUUCCCUGAAUGAUAUUAACAUUCUUGGAUGUUCACCAUUGUUCAAUGACGUAUGCCUUGGUGAAACCGCUGAAGUAAACUACCAGGUAUGUAAUAGGCAUUAUCGUCAAUGUUAUUACCUAGUUGAUGGCAUAGACCCUAAGUGGGGGUCAUUUGUACAAGCAAUCCGAAACCCGAGGAUGCCGCAGACACAACACUUCACAAGGAUGCAGGAAGCAUACAGAAAAGACGUGGAGAGAGCAUUUGGUAUUCUCCAAGCUCGUUGGGCAAUCAUAAGAGGACCAGCUCGUGGGUGGAGUAAGGAGAACCUUCAAUACAUCAUGAUGACGUGUAUUAUCUUGCACAAUAUGAUUGUUGAAGACAAGCAUGAUGAAGAUGCAGCAGAGCCAUUUGAUCCGGAUGAUAUCUCAACUAGACCCAAGAAAGCAGAGAUAUAUGACAGACCAAUAAUUCCCACCAAUGUUCAUCGCAAUCCGCAUCAACUAAAUCAAUUCUUGCGUCGUCAUAGGGAGGUUAGAUGUCCAGUGAUGAAUAAAAACCUCCAAGACGUUCUAGUCGAUCAUCUAUGGACCAUGAAGCUACAAGCUGAUUAG